AGCAGUGAAGAGAUAGAAUCUGCCCAAUGAUCGAGCCACGUGGAUGAUUAAGAAACAAAGGCAGUCAUUCCUUUGGUGACUCCUACGCCAUUUGUCCCACAUCUGCAAUUCAACAAACUCCUUCCCGUGCAUCUCUGGUACACGGUUUGUGGACCUCCGUCGCAAUAUUAAAUAGAACGGCGAUAUGGCCUCCAUCGAGGUCUCACAGUCGUCCAUCAGAAGAUGCUUCCGUAGUUUAAGCCGUCCAUCAGACGAAUCAUAGAAAGAAUGCGCAAUCCAACAGCUCUCCUAUCCUUCCACCGUUUCCAGACGCAGCAGCAGGAAAAGGAAUGGCCCUGCGACAGCGAGGCUGGAGCUGGAGCUCCGCCCUGGUGGGCGCCGCCUCGGCUGCGGCGGCCACCGUCGUCGUCCUCGGUCGGCCAAGAGACCCCACCUUCCACCUCAUCUCCAUCACCCUCUCCUCCUUCCGCCUCAACCUCCCCCUCCUCGACGUCGACCUCACCCUCACCGUCCACGUCACCAACCCCAACCUCGUCCCCAUCCACUACGCUUCCGCCAUCAUCUCCAUAUUUUACGCCGGCUCCCACCUCGGCUCCGCCCUCCUCCACGCCGGCUCCCAACCCGCCAUGUCCUGCCAGCUCCUCCACCUCCCGGCCCGCCUUUACGGCCUCGAGCUCGCCCACCACGUCCCGAGACUCCUCGCCGACGCCGCCCGCCGUCAGAUGACCCUCGACGCCUCCGUUGACAUCUCCGGCACCGCCCAAGUCCUCUGGUGGGCGCACCGCUUCAGUGUCCACGUCGACAGCCAUGUCGUCGUCGACCCCAUCUUCCUCGACGUCAUCGACCAGGAGAACCACUCCGAAACCCAUCUACACCUCUCGUAAUCGUACAUAUCUCAUCGACGCUGUAUGGUGUUGCAAAUGGACGACGGAUGUCAAACUGUUCGACAUCAUUAGUCGAUUAGCUUCCGUAGUCUGAGCUUUCUUUUUGACUUGGCUCGUUUCCACUGGGUGUUCUCUGCAGAACUGUAUGUGCUCCUCCAGCCUACGGCUAAUUGGGCAAACAGGAUAUCAACUGAAGGCUAUUAUUUGAAGUCA